UGAUGAUAUACCACCAAGCCGAAAAAAUGUUUUGCAGAGAGACAUUCAUACUCUUUCUAUUCGGUUUCGCAUGCACUGCUGCUAUCCGGACGCUCGGUCCUGGACAGCUGAAGCUUGACCUAGAUGACGGGAUGACUCCUGAGCUGCUGCAACCCUUGAAUUAUGUAUCCGGAAGCCUGCCGGUUGUGUUGUGGCAUGGCAUGGGAGAUUCGUGCUGUUCACCGUUUAGUAUCGGAGCAGUGGCCAAGCUGAUUGAAGCCAAACUCGGUGUCUUCGUGCACAGCGUCAACACCGGAAGCACGGAGUUCAGCGAUGUCCUCAGCGGCUUUUGGGGAGACGUCAACGACCAGGUGGCAUUAGUUUGUGCACAGCUCCGAAACCUCACUCAGCUCAAAGGCGGAUAUAACGCGGUGGGCUUCUCACAGGGCGGCCAGUUCCUUCGGGCUGUUGCUGAGCGGUGUCAGCACACGGGGGGCCCCCUCAUGAGGACGUUGGUGACAAUGGGAGCGCAGCACCAAGGGGUGAUGAACGUGCCGGGAUGCAGGACACUGCCGCUCAAUUCUAGCCACGGCGCUUGCUACCUGAUGCAGAAGAUGCUGGGCGAAGGCGCAUACCUGCCGUACAUUCGUGAUCAUGUCGUACAGGCGCAGUACUUUAAGGACCCGCUGCGGCUUUCUGAGUAUCUCGUCGCGAACCCCUUCUUGCCGGAUAUCAACAACGAACGAGGACCAGAGGGACGAAACCCACUGUACGGCAACAACCUUGCAUCGUUGGAACGCCUGGUGCUAUACCGCUUUUCUGACGAUGACACCGUGGUUCCUCGGGACAGUGCUUGGUUCUCGUUCUUCGACGGUCAGAGGCUCGUACCAUUGUACGACCAACCGCUGUACAAGGAGGAUUGGAUUGGGCUACGGUCUUUGGACGAGCGCGGACAGCUGGUGCUCGAGGAAGCCCCUGGCGCGCAUAUGCAGUUCACGUUACAGUGGUUUGCCGACAACGUAAUCCGGAAGUAUCUAUAUCCCAAUCCGGAAGUAUCUGAAUCCCAAUGAAUUCAAAUUUGAAUUUGGAUUUGAAUUCGAAUUAUUCUUGAUUCACUAACCACCCAUCAUGGUUUGGUGCCGGUGGCUGUGCAACAAUAACCCUCUAUCGUCUUGACCGGUGCUGCUGGUGGGCCCUCUACUGGCGAGAUCGCUAGGAGCCGCAAAAGGUGGUGCCGGGUUGUGUGUCUAGUGCGUCAAGUGACCAUGUUGGCGGCUGGCGGUACUACCACAUGUGUGAGCAUUUGUGAGCAUUUGUGCAAAGGUCCUCUUCUGUAAAGUGCUUUCAUGUG